AUGGUUGUUGAUGAACGAGAUGACCCUCUUGUCAAAGCCCUCCCACCCGAAACAGAUUACCUGACUUAUCUCACCAUCCUAGAAUACCAAUUGACGCGGGAACGCCUCCCGAUUCUCCACAAUCUUCUCCAAGAUGAAAAGCUGACCGUAAAUAUUGGCUGGGACCUGGUCCAGCUGCUUCUCCCUAUGAUGCCGGCGUCCCAAGAAUGCCUGCAGGAUGUGGCCAGGCUAGGGAAUCCGCGAGAGGUUAUUUUGCGGGUUUGUAAUUCAUUGAUGAAGUUGGAGCCUGUGCAGGACGAGGAUGGAGAUGAUAUGGACAGAGAGGACGACAGGAGACUCAGUGAAGCCGUUGGAGAGGUUAAACUGGAGGAGGAACCCCGUAUGAACGACAACGACGAAAAUGCAGACGAUAAAUCAUCAGCGGCUACCUCCAACGUGCCCGUCCAUGUCCUACAAUUCAACUGUCUCCUUUCCAUGCUCUCAGUCCUCCACUCCCGCAUCCAGACCAGAUAUCCCAGUCGUUUUGUUGCUACCUCCCUCCAAGCCGUGCUGGAAGCAUACACUGCAUUCCCGACCGUGGAAACGACAGCUGCAGUGCUAGAAUUCUUCAGAGACAUAGCGGGAAAGAAACGUCCCCGUCUCCCGCCGCGGAAUACGAGCGAAUCAAUAUUAUUGACGCAGAGUGCGCAAGAGACUACUGCGCCAGAUCCCGAAGCUGAAUCGCAUCCCGGAACUGUAGGGUCUGAGGAAAGCGCUUUGAUCAAUAGACUUAUGCAGUUUGGUCUCAUUGAGCUUUUGAAAACAUACCUUCUACAUUGCGUCAAUGCGACGCCUGCUGGCAUGCUGUGGGCACUUCGGUUACAGGAGAAAUUGGAUACUAGGAACCAGAUGCACUCCUCUCUAAGCUUAAUUGGGGCGUUUGGGAAGGAGGACUAUUUGAAAGAGCGCGAUAUGACCGUUGGGAAGAUUAUUGCACUUUCACGAGAUUUUGGCAUAGAAACAAAUGAACUGCUGGAUAUCAUUUCCAAGCCUGGUGACCAGCAGCCACCUCCUCUAGACUUUGAAGAAACUCCGAAACACGCGGAAGAUAUCCACCUUCAAAGACACGGUUGUCUCCUGCUGCUGGCAGCGCGGUCUGCGGCUGAUAAACUGCUCUCGUCAGGCCAGCCAGUAAAAGCUAUUCCAGUCUUCCCUGAUCUUGCCGCCAUAUAUUCACAUUUCCUCGGCGAAGGUGAAUCUCCAUAUUCAGUUGUGAUGGAAGAGCCCGAAGCUCUGGUCGAUUCGCUCUUCGUCCGUUUUAAUCUCAUCCGACAAAUUCUCGAGGACGAGGAUUUACAAUACGCCCGAGAACCAGCAAUAGGAUGGCUCAAGGAGGAUCUCCUGGCAGCAACAACGCCAAACGUACACCCUGGUCAGAAAAAAAACCCUUUCAUCGACCCCACUCACUUCGCCAUCCUCUUCCCACGCAUCUACGAACCCAUCCCGGAUGACUGGCUUUCGCUCGGGACCGCCAAAACCGACCAUCCCAUCAACACCUGGCUGACAUUUACUCAACAUCUGCUUCCCUACCAUCUCGCCAUCCUGAAUCUGUACUAUUUCCUCACCCAAUCCGCAACCCUCUACAAACAGCUACAGAUACAGGAACUCCACCCAGCCUUCGAGUCUAAGUUCCUUGCUCCGCUGAGGACGUUCGUGCAGCAGAUAUCGACGGACGCGGAGAUCAAGGCUCGGGUUGAGAUGGAGAUUGGCAACGAGGCGGAGCAGGUGGGCCAAGGUGCAGCGGAGUUGAUGUUACAUAUCAUUGGGGAGAUUGAAGAUGCCUCGGCUGGCUUGUUGGUAAACGCCGGGCAGGAGGGGUCAUCCAACUGA